CCUAAAUUAGAAUCUGUACAGCAAGACCGUUUCCCUCUGACUCUCACUUUUUUCUACUUCAACCUUGGUUUUCUUGCUCCCUGCUCCACGCAUUCCCUUUACACACGGUACGGCAGUACAGACAACUCUCUAGGCAUCCUUUUACGCACCACAGUGAGCAAGGGCGUGCCACCACGACAAGGACGUGGUCCAGUGACUCCUUGCGGCGGCCACGCUCUUGUAGAUCGUGUCGUCCGUCUUUGUCAAACUCAUUCAGGAGACGGGAAGUGCGCUGUUGAGGAUGACGGACCACAAAGCUGAACGAAGGUCACCGUCGGGUAGCGCUGUAAGCCGUCGGGCUAUACGAGCGGAUUCAUCGAAAGGCGGCAACGACUCCUCCUCACCAUUGCCGUCGCCGGGCUCGUGGCAUGUCGAUAGAGGCAGAUCGCGGGUUCGUCGCCCUUCUAAUCCAUUCUCUGAGGAUAGUCUGCGCAGACGCGGCUAUCACUCGUUGCUCUCAUCGUUCGGCAAGGUCUUCCAUGUCGAAAAACGCUGGAAACUCGUGAGGGAGAUGGGCUCUGGUGCCUAUGGUGUCGUCAUUUCGGCGGCGGAUGAUAUCUCUGGAGAAACGGUAGCUAUCAAGUUGGUCACUCGAGUUUUUGAGAAGAUACAACUAGCGAAACGGGCCCUCCGAGAAAUCACUCUCCUCCGGCAUUUCGCUGGGCACGAGAAUAUCACCGGUCUCAUCGAUGUAGACGCAAUAUCACCCGAUUUUAAUGAGAUCUACUUAUUCAUGGAGCCUAUGGAAGCCGACCUACACCAAAUCAUAAAAUCAGGACAGUCUCUUACCAAUGAACAUGUCCAAUAUUUUCUCUAUCAAAUUCUACGAGGAAUGAAAUUCAUACAUUCUGCAUCGGUUAUUCACCGCGACCUGAAGCCUGGAAACUUACUCGUGAACGCUGACUGUGAACUGAAAAUAUGUGAUUUUGGUUUAAGCAGAGGCUUUGAGUCAAGACCUGACGAAAAUCCGACUCAUUUGACUGAAUAUGUAGCAACUAGAUGGUACAGGGCCCCCGAGAUCAUGCUAGCAUUCAAGCGAUAUAAUACCGCAAUUGAUGUUUGGUCAAUAGGGUGCAUCUUAGCAGAACUUUUAUUGGGAAAACCCUUAUUUAAGGGCAAAGACUACGUUGAUCAACUAAACAAGAUUCUGGAUGUUCUUGGGUCACCCAGCGAGUCCGUCAUCAAGAAGAUAGGAAGCGAUAAGGCUCAAGCAUACGUUCGAUCUUUGCCCGUGAAAAAGACGGUAGCAUUUACGAAAAUCCUACCUUCUGCAGAUCCACAAGCUCUCGAUCUGCUUACGAAAAUGCUAUCAUUUGAUCCUGACGACCGGAUUUCGGUUGUAGAGGCGCUCGAACAUCCGUGGUUAUCCUCGUACCAUGACGUUGCCGAUGAACCAGAAUGCGCGAAAACGUUCGAAAAGUGGCGGCAGAUAGAGGAGCUGGAAACUAUGGAAGAAUAUAGAGCAGCUAUCUGGAAGGAAAUCGAGGAAUAUCGCCACGAAGUUCGUGGUGUCAGUGACCUUUCCGGCGCGCCCAUACGGAGAGUGAGCAUCAGUAGCGGAUCGGGACCUAGGGCCAAGCAGCAUUCAUUGACGAGGGAAGGCAACGAACCAGACGUUAUAAUCGAAUCACCUGGAGAAGGAACAAUCAGCGAAGGAGCGAAAGAAGAGCACGACGAUGCUCUUGUACCUCCACCUCCAAACCACAGGCCUGCAACGCCGUCUGAUCCAUUGAUAUCAUACGCUCGGCGGUCGACUAUCCUAUCACAGCCAUCUCGCCAGGGCUCAACAUAUAAUUCACCUCUUCCAUCUACACAGAAUCUUACUUCUUCGUAUACUGAUGGUAUGAUUACUUCUGAACCGGGACCCCUGCCGCAAGGCAGUAUCGUCUUCCCUACACAAGGCUAUGUGGUUCCGGCGCGUUCACGGACGGGUUCGACAGUAGGCGGGGAAAUGACACGGAGACUGUUGCGCACGCUAUCUACUGUGUCGAUACACGAGAGUUUGGCGGCUGCAGGGGAACAUGCGCCAAUGGGAAAGUACAUAAUGCCGAAGGAGUUUGGGAUCGAAGAGGAGUGCGAGGAUGGAGGUGGAGAGAAGCAAAAGAAGGAGGGUAGGUUUAUCAUAGACUGAUGGACGUUUGAUUUGGUGACGACUCAAGUAAUGUGAACGAUUGGAUACGAAUACCUUGCAAUUACUUGCGUGAAGUUCCAGGAUGCUUGACCUCAAUUCCCUGACGAA